CGGCUUUGGCCAGAGCCGCGUUUGCCGCGUUUUGACGUUGGCCAGAUCCAUCCAACAUGGCGUCUCAGGUACACGAAUUUGAGGUCGAGAUGACCUGCGAAGGCUGCUCGGGCGCUGUGCAGCGUGUGCUGGGAAAACUGGAAGGUCAGGGAGUGAACAAGGUGGAGAUUGACUUGCCCAACAAGCGGGUCUUCGUAGAUUCCACGUUGAGCUCCGAGAAGCUGCUCGAGGUGCUCAAGAAGGCCGGAAAAACUUGUUCCUACGUCGGCGUAAAGGCCUAACAAUUGACUUGUUCAUCUGUACCGGAGCUUUCCUACCUUUUUACAGUUACUCCUUAUACUUGGGAUUGCCUCGGGUUGUCGCCUGCCAUGCAUUGAGUGUUCCGUCUGAAGCCCUUCAGUCCAGGGUCGGACGAAAUCAUCCGUGGUUCCUUGAAGUUUCGUCUAGACCCGGGACAACUCGUAAGCUGGUCUAAAUGUGGGAACAGUGUUAUUUCGCUGUUCUCCUAAUUGAUAUUGAUGUGGAUGAGCAGCAUUGCUUGGCAGUUGCUCAUUAACUGCGUAUGGUUGGCGAUUGUGGGUCGGGAUGUGUAAAUGCUCUAGUCGCUAGUAGCGAUAGUCGUUUUUGUGGUAUCUGGCUUUUGUCAAGCGGCCCUUUCUUAUAUGAAGUGUAAUGACUGCCAAUAAAGGUUACAUCUGCGUA